AUGAGUGUUGAAAGGAAAAUUCGUUCUUAUUUGUUGAUAUGGACUAUUUUUAGUACAGUACCCACUAUAGUUUGUGAUAUCGGAGGCAGAGUAGCAGACGAAGAAGAGGUUUCUCAUCAGGUUUCUCUCCAUUUGUCCUACAACGAUGAAUUCCUAUGUGGUGGUGUGAUCGUAUCCCCGACAGAGGUCGUCACUGUGGCUGAUCGAUUGUACUACACCUGGGGAGGGGUACUUCCGAAACUAGUCAUCAGGAUAAGAGCUGGUAGACGCAGCCUGAAUGAGGAAUCGUACCAAGAGUUCGAAGUGGAGGAUGUGGUCUUCCAUCCCGACUUUGACAAGAAAACUAUGGAGAAUAACAUAGCGGUUUUGCGGACAUCAGAACAACUUCCAUUUUAUGGAACAGGAGAAGGAAUAGCCAUGGAGAAAGUUGUACCCAGUAGCAAUUGCUCAGUAAUCGGAUGGAAUCAGGGUACAUUGGAUCUUCGUGUAUUAGAUGCAAAUGUGGUCCAAUGUGGGACAGUAUACUCAAGCUAUUCUGGAAAUGUCUGCGUCAGAACUAUCGAUGUUGAGACUACAUUGUGUGAAAUGAGUGAAGGUAGUUCCUUGACGUGUGACAAUCGACUUGUUGCACUGUUGUCGAUUCCGCUCAAUUGUGAUUCCAAGAAAAAGAUUGCUGUAUUUGAACGUGUCACUCUCGCUUCAACCUUGCUAGAGGGAAAUGAAACAAUAAGCGAUACACCACCAACUCCUACAACAACGUCUGCUGCUCAUGUGGUUGCUAAUUCAUUUCGAAUACUGAAUUUAAUCACUGCUGUAGUUUCCUUCGUAUUCAGUUUGAUUUUUCAAUAACCGAAUAUAAAAUCAUUGCUAGAGAAAUAAGUCAAUC